GUGUGUGUGUGUGAGUGUGUGUGUGUAUGUGUGUGGGAGUGUGUGUGUGUGUGUGUGUGUAAGUGUGUGUGUUUGUGUGUGUGUGAGUGUGUGUGUGUGUGUGUGUGUGUGAGUGAGUGUGUCUGUGUGUGAGUGUGUGUGUGUGAGUGUGUGUGUGUGUUUUAAUAGUCUUUUGAACCUCAACAUGUAUUCCGUCUCUGGUUCUGUCUGUGUGUAGGACUCCAAGGCUUUGUCUAAAAGCCUCAGAAAGUCUUCAGCAGCAACCACUAUUAACGCUUCACUCAUCAUCAAUGUCACGGUUCACUCCCCUUGUUGGAUAGAAGAAACCCCACCUCCCUGUAUAGGAGAACAGACUGUAUCUCACACUAUGGAUUUUAGUUUUACAAUCCAAGGGAAAAGACACAAAUUGCUUCUCUUUUGUGGAACACUGUUUUGUUUCUCUAUCACAGUGAGUGGUGAGGAAUCCCUAUAGCGUUCUGGAGAGGAAGUGCAGGGGUUUGGGGUCAUUUGGGGUUGGGGUGCUAUCAAGGUGGUGUGUGGUGGUGUUGUGUGUGGUGUGCGAACUUGCGUCUGUGUGGUCAUUCAGAGGUUUGUCGUGUGUGUGGUGUCAUGUGUACUGCUCGGUGACAGAGAGGCUGUGGUCAUGUGGAGUGGUGCCACUCCUGUCAAGCGAAGUACGGGGAAACAGAGAAAGGAAGAAAGAUGGGAGGGAAGGAAGGAAGGAAGAGAAGAGAAGAAGCGAAAGAAGAGGAAGCCAUCAGUACUGAAUAGUAAAUCAUAAUGAGCCUAGUAUCAUCCUCCUAAGAUCUUAAUAUUGAUUAUCCUAUCUCUAUACCUAUCCUAUCUCCUCUCCUCUCCUCUCCUCCUCUUUCCUCUCUCUCUCCUCUUCCUCCUCCCUCCUCCUCCUCAUCUAACUUCAUUAAAGGCUGAGAGGCCGCCUGCUUCAUGAAGGAGCCUGGUCACGCUGCCUGGCCCUACCUCUCUCGCUGACUGGCUGACAAAAUACUUCAUACAUGAAAUCUCUCAUUUCCUGUCCUGGAGUGUGAAUAAUAGAAUCAUUUGACACAGCAGAUAGGUGCCACACAGCUGGUUCGCCGCAUGGAGAAGGAGGUUUUCUCGACUCAGAACUAUAAGAACUAGAGGAGACUGGUGAUUGAAGUGGAGUAAAGAUUUGGGGCUGAAACCGUUUAUUAAAAGCCCCUUGUUGUUGUUAUGAGACGGUCUCUUUGGCUGUGGUGGAGCAGGGGGUGUUGGGUAGAGUGAGUCCAACAGACAUGUUGAGGUACGCCUAUCUCAUUUUAAUUGUUUCACCCUGAAACUUUUUAGUUCUUGAUCUAUUGUAAUGGUUCAUCUAUGUUAGGGUUUCCCAAACUCAUCAUCAAGCUUUGAUUAUUUUAAUCAGUUGUAUAGUGCUAGGGCAAAAACGUGCACCCAGGGAGGCCCCAGGACCGAGUUUGGGAAACCCUGCUCUAUGUAAUGGGUGGGGGUAAUUUAAUAGCUACGUGUCACCGAUCGUAAAGAUUUGCCAUCAAAUCCUAGAAACUAGCGUUGAACCUGUAACAACAUCACCAAUAGAGUCGUAUUAGUGCCUGUGAGGUCUGCAUCCUCUGGACAAAGACUGCUGUAUUUGUGUGACUCCUCCCCCAUGUCUGGUCUACUGUGGUCAGUCCUACAUUUACCUAAAUCACCCCUGCACUGAGUCUGAACCCAUUAAUGCAUGGCCCGUCUCAACACACUGUCUGGUGGGGUUGGUGUUGAGAGGGGUUUUAGGGGGGGGGAAAGGAGUGGUGGGGGCAAGAGUGAGUGUGUGUGUGUUUUUUUGUGUGUUUGUUUGCAUGUGACUGGGUAUAACUGCAUGUGUGUGUGUGUGUUCGUGCGUGAGUGCGCGCAUUUGUGUACGUGUGUGUGUGUGUGUUUGCAGGGGGAUAUCAGGAGGUGCAUUGUACCCCCAACCCCCACCCACCCACACACACACACACACACACACACACACACACAGUAAUUGAAUAUGCUCGUCCCAGAAUCCCUUAUUAGGGACAAUGGUGGAGAAAUGGGCAGCAUGGUGAGGCACAGAGGCAGAGCAGAGUGCUCUUUUCAGAGGUAAGUGGGGAGCUGAAGGACAGCCGGUGA